GUGAACAAAUAGAGGAAGAGCUGAAGAUGUUUAAAGGACGAGUUGUGUCCAGGAACUGAAAAGAAGCUCACUGAGAUACAGAUCAUGCCUGAUAUGUAUCACAUAUGUUUGCUGGGACCUAUAAUUGUCUCUUCUCUUUUCACAGGUGUGACUGGAGGUACUCAUGUGUUCAGUAGUUCUGGUGAAAAUGUCACUCUGCCCUGUAGUAAUGCUCCUUCUCACUGCACCUUAACUACAUGGAACUACUACAACAAACAUAGUUCAUCAGGUACAGUAGAACUGAUUGCUGGAGGAAUAAAGAAAAAUGACAGAGAGAGAGCUGAGAGACUGAGUCUGGGGCCUGACUGUUCUCUGAACAUUUAUAAAACAACAGAAGAAGAUCAUGGACUAUACAUCUGCCAACAAUAUGUGAAUGGACAAAAACAUGGAACUGAUGCACAGGUUUUUCUGCAUGUUCUUCAUCUUUCUCCAUCAUCCACACAGACUGAGAUGAGAUCAGACAGCUCUGUGACGCUCACCUGUCAGUUGUUUACAUAUGAAGACUGUGAUAGUUUAAACCGUAUUGAUGGUCUUCAGCUGUUCUGGGUGAAUCAGGAUGAUGUUAAUCUACAGACAGAUUCCAGAUAUCAGAUAUUAUCAGGACCAUGUAUCAUUACUCUGAAUACAACACUCCUGAAUGAAGACAACAACAGAGAGUGGAGAUGUCUGAUUAAAAAGAAUAAUGAGAUUAAGACCUCUGUCAGCUUCACUGUCAAGUUUAAUGGUGUGACUGGAGAGACUCAUGUGUUCAGUAGUUUUGGUGAAAAUGUCACUCUGGCCUGUAUUAAUGCUCUUUCUGGCUGCACCUCAACUACAUGGAUCUACAACAAUCAUAGAUCAUCAGCUACAGUAGAACUGAUUAAGGGAGGAAUAAAGGAGAAAAACAUUGAGAGAGCUGAGAGACUGAGUCUGGGGUCUGACUGCUCUCUGAACAUCUAUAAAACAACAGCAGAAGAUCGUGGACAAUACAACUGCCAACAAUAUGUGAAUGGACAAAGACAUGGAACUGAUGCACAGAUUUUUCUACAUGUUCUUUAUGUCUCUUCAUCAUCCACACAGACUGAGAUGAGAUCAGGCAGCUCUGUGACUCUCACCUGUCAGUUGUUUACAUAUGAAGACUGUGAUCAUUUGGUCCGUACUGAGGAUCUUCAGCUGUUCUGGGUGAAUCAGGCUGGUGUUAAUCUACAGACAGACUCCAGAUAUCAGAUAUUAUCAUCAGGACCCUGUAUCAAGACUCUGACUACAACACUCCUGAAUGAAGACAACAACACAGAGUGGAGAUGUUUGGUUAAAAUGAAGAAUGAGAUUAAGACCUCAGCCAGCUAUACUGUCAAGUUUAAGGCUACAGCAACAAUCAAGCCAACCUUUAGUCUUCCUACAGCAUUACUUUCUGAGAUAGUGAUUCUAGUGGUUUUAUGGAUUAGUAAGAUCACAGCAUUUGCUGCUCCUACUGUGAUUCUUCUUCAGAUCAUCUGUAAAGGAAGAGCUGAAAACAGAAGAAGGACCCAAACCACCUAGAAUACACACUGAUAAAACACUCUCUCGGCAAAUAGCAACAUUACUGCAAGUGUUUUUUAUAUUUAAUAGGAAUUUGCAGUACGCUUUCAAAGGCAUCAUUUUCCAACAAUCCAUAUUAUAUAGCCUGCAAUGUGUGACACACUCUAAUAAAAAAAACUGCCACUAAAAAGGCAGAAAUCAAUUUUUUAAUCCCAUACCAAACAAUUUGAAACUUCCAGGUAAGAAGUGUGACAUUUGUUGUUGUCUUCCUGUCUGCCAAAAUUCUUGACAAUACCAGUUAAGCUGCAUGCACACCGUUAGCGACUAGUUACAGCAAAGCAACACUAUCUCAUUCAUUUCAAUGAAACUUUGGUGACUUCUGGUGACUUAAGUCACAGUGACUGUUAGUACCAGAAGCCACUUUCUAUCGCUAACAAUCACUGUCACUUGUGUCAUUAAAAGUUGCCAAAGUUGAGAAAAGUACAAAUGAUGAACAACAUUGAGGAGCGACUAUCAGUGAAAGUUGUAAGGCUGAGAAAACCGGUAAAAACACAAAUGUAUUACUCUGUCACAACCCCCAUUGCCUUCACUGUACCAUCUGCAUUUCUGUGCUUACUGAUUGGGUUCAGGCCAUUAGGCCAAGAUUCCAGUUCUCCAUGUGACGUUUUUCUUUUAAAUUUUCUUUCUUUCUCUGUUCUAUAUAAUAGGUAAUAUCUCACACAAUGGAAACAGUUAAUUGUACAUGUAUUAUUUACCAUUUUAUGCAUUUAGAGUGUAACCAUUUCGAUUGUAACUAAGUCAGUACUGUUAUUAAUUUUUUUCAUUUACAAAUCUGUUGUUUAGUUUGAUUUAGUGUCAAUUCUUAAAUGCUACAUAUUAAUAUUCUAGCAAUGCUCUUCCACAUAUUUUGCUAUCAUAACUGCGCUUAUUUCUGUUGUUGGUAUAAGUUGCAGAAGGGUUUUACACCAUAUUGCUGUGAACAUUUCUUAGUCAUUUUUGCGUUCCUACACCCUAAACCACAUUAGUUGAAUCCAUCCUUACAAAGUGAAACAGUGAAGCUUAUGUCAUCCAUCUCUCAUUAGUUAAUGCAGUGGACGAUUACUUGCUGGUUUAUAAUGGUUACUAUGACAACCAAAAUUAGGAACGUCUCCUGAUGACCUCAUUGAAGGUGA